AGGAAAAGUUGGACAUGGUGGUGACGUGGACUGAUGAGGUACCACAGUGGACCAAACAAAAUGGACCCGUUCAGAUAACAACCAUUGAGUCUUUUUUAAAAAUGGUCUCGGGUUCCCAGGAAGUCCAUCAAGUACCAUUGACCUGAACCUUCUGAAGGUUGCUAACACCAUGUCCCAUCCUCUGUCCAACCGCCCUGUCUUUGGGGACCAAAGUGGACUCUCCAGUGGACAAAUGGAAAGAAACCUCGAGAGGACAUCCCUUCACCUCGGAUCUAUUGUUACCUCCUCUAGAACCAUUUCUGGAAGAAGGAAACCUCCAGCCCUACCUCCACCUUUGAGGUUCAGGCCUGGAAUGGUAGAAGCUACAUUAGACGAGGACAUCAAUGGCGUUUUAGACUUGAAUAUUGGUGAAGCUGAAGAUGCAGUUCCCUCCCUGGGGACUGGGACCUAUCUGACGCCAUCUACCAGCAGCAGCUCCUUGGACUGGUUGCAUAUCUGCAAAAAACCUAUAAACAACGAUCCGUCCGAGUUCGAGUCAUCCUUCGCCCGACUGAGCCAUGCUGACGGAGGUUCUCAUGCUUCCAACAAAGACUCCAGAAUGAGUCCAGACUUGAGGGACCGUGAGGAGUUCGUAACGGACCGGUCCAGUCUUUACAAUAACAUUCUAGAAGUAGCCACUAACAUCCUUCAGUGUUAUGAGCUCGAGAAAGACGACUUGGACCAGCUACUGUUUUACGAGGAUCAAAUCACUUUAGAGUCUCUGCCGUUUAUUUUACAAAACAUCAGCAUCGAGAAGAAGAAGAAGACAUCUGGAGUUCAGUCCGAAUCUCCACUCAGGACCAACCUGAGUGUGAUGGAUAGACUGGGUUGUUUUGAAGGGGUAGAGACGGUCCAGGGGGAAUUGUCAUCAGCUGGUCCUAAAGCAAAUGAAGGGGCGUACAUUGAACCUAUUGGUGAAUAUUCUGGGAAUAGAAAUGUGUUUCUGUUGGACUCUGCAAAGACUAGAAGUCCCAGUGGGGAACCACCACAAAGAACAAUACAGGUGAAAGUCAGUGGCUCUGGUUCUAGGUGGGACCAGAUGGGUUCUGACACUGGUCUCAGCUCAGUGGCUCUUUCAGCUGGUGAUCCAGCCGAACCAAUUCAGUCAAACCCGGAUUCACAAGCGGUUCUUCCAUUGCUCCCUCUGGGCAACCAGGACCAAAACCCUGUCAAGUUUACGAUCUCUUCAAAAAAAACAAAGGCGGGUGGCCUUUUGGGGCCCAAAACCCAACCAUCCAACUCCCCGCUCCAUAGUUCUGGUUCACCUGAGCUCAUUAGCAGUAAUGAUGACACUUGUACUGAAGUCCAAAGUCAAGAGUCAGAAGCUCCACAUGACCAGCUGCACUCAACGCCGCCAAAAUCCCACAUACCACGGCCCCACGUGAACCCGCCAGAACCAAAGACUGUUCCUGUUCGAAGUCUCGUACCUCAACCGAUACCGGCACCAGAAAACCCAGUCCAAGUGCUGCUUCCCUUGUCCAACAGAGAGUCUUCAGCUAAAAGAGACGUCUCUGAGGGUCUGCCAACACCGGCCAUGAUGGAAGAUCCCACCAGAGCCACAACUAGUGAGCUCACCCAGCAGUACAACCUUCAACAUGACAACUCAGACCUCCCCCACAAACGCUCUUCUGGUAAAAACACCUCCACUUCAGUCCAGAGCCCCCAGGACCACCAUCAUAAGACCCACUCUGCUUUUCUCUUACCCCACUGGACUCAGGGCCGGAGGAGUCGAAAGUUCCCAUUUCCUCGUAUUUUGUUGCGGUAUCGCCGCAUUACAUCCGCUCGAAGUCGAUCCCGCUCACGGAGCCGGGAGAGACGACUCUCAGACCGGAGGAGGUACGACAAGAGCCCGUCGCCGAGGAGGAACCGUGAGAGACGACCGUCCGUGGAGAGGACGCCAGAUCAGCAGCAGAAUAAUGGUGCCAAGAAACUGCCGGAAAACCCAGCUGUGAAGUCCAGAUCAGAGCAGUCUCACCUGGGCGAUGUGGGAAAAACUCCACCUGCACCAACACAGCAGCUUGCCGAGACAUCGUCAUCAUCAUCAUCAUCAUCAUCAUCAUCAUCAUCAUCAUCCAGGAGACAGCUGAGCAAUAAGUCACCUGAAGUGAAGCUGCAACAGGUUGCUAAAGGAGUCAGAUCUUCAGCUGAAGGAGCCAGAUCUUCAGCUAAAGGAGUCAGAUCUUCAGCUGAAGGAGUCAGAUCUUCAGCUAAAGGAGUCAGAUCAGCUGAAAGAGCCAGAUCUUCAGCUGAAGGAGUCAGAUCAGCUGAAGGAGCCAGAUGUUCAGCUAAAGGAGCCAGAUCUUCAGCUGAAAGAGCCAAAUCUUCAGCUGAAGGAGUCAGAUCAGCUGAAGGAGCCAGAUGUUCAGCUAAAGGAGCCAGAUGUUCAGCUAAAGGAGCCAGAUCUUCAGCUGAAAGAGCCAGAUCAGCUGAAGGAGCCAGAUCUUCUGAAGGAGCCAGAUCUUCAGCUGAAGGAGUCAGAUCUUCAGCUGAAGGAGUCAGAUCAGCUGAAGGAGCCAGAUCUUCAGCUGAAAGAGCCAGAUCUUCAGCUGAAGGAGUCAGAUCUUCAGCUGAAGGAGUCAGAUCAGCUGAAGGAGCCAGAUCUUCAGCUGAAGGAGCCAGAUCUUCAGCUGAAGGAGUCAGAUCAGCUGAAGGAGCCAGAUCUUCAGCUAAAGGAGCCAGAUCUUCAGCUGAAAGAGCCAGAUCUUCAGCUAAAGGAGCCAGAUCUUCAGCUGAAAGAGCCAGAUCUUCAGCUAAAGGAGACAGAUGUUCAGCUGAAAGAGCCAGAUCUUCUGAAGGAGCCAGAUCUUCAGCUGAAGGAGCCAGAUCUUCAGCUGAAAGAGCCAGAUCUUCAGCUGAAGGAGCCAGAUCUUCUGCUGAAGGAGCCAGAUCUUCAGCUGAAGAAGUCAGAUCUUCAGCUGUAAGAGCCAGAUAUUCAGCUGAAGAAGUCAGAUCUUUAGCUGAAGGAGCCAGAUCUUCAGCUGAAGGAGCCAGAUCUUCUGAAGGAGCCAGAUCUUCAGCUGAAAGAGCCAGAUCUUCUGAAGGAGCCAGAUCUUCAGCUGAAGGAGCCAGAUCUUCUGCUGAAGGAGCCAGAUCUUCAGCUGAAGAAGUCAGAUCUUCAGCUGAAAGAGCCAGAUCUUCAGCUGAAGAAGUCAGAUCUUUAGCUGAAGGAGCCAGAUCUUCAGCUGAAGGAGCCAGAUCUUCAGCUGAAGGAGCCAGAUUUUCAGCUGAAAGAGCCAGAUCUUCAGCUGAAGGAGCCAGAUCAGCUGAAGGAGCCAGAUCUUCAGCUGAAGAAGUCAGAUCUUCAACUGAAGGAGCCAAAUCUUCAGCUAAAAGAGCCAGAUCUUCAGCUGAAAGAGCCAGAUCUUCAGCUGAAGAAGUCAUAUCUUUAGCUGAAGGAGACAGAUCUUCAGCUGAAGGAGACAGAUCUUCAGCUGAAGGAGCCAGAUCUUCAGCUGAAGGAGCCAGAUCUUCAGCUGAAGGAGCCAGAUCUUCAGCUGAAGGAGCCAGAUCAGCUGAAGGAGCCAGAUCUUCAGCUGAAGGAGCCAGAUCUUCAGCUGAAGAAGUCAGAUCUUCAGCUGAAGAAGUCAGAUCUUCAGCUGAAGAAGUCAGAUCUUCAGCUGAAGGAGCCAGAUCUUCAGCUGAAGGAGCCAGAUCUUCAGCUGAAGGAGCCAGAUCAGCUGAAAGAACCAGAUCUUCAGCUGAUAUGGUCAGAUCUGCUGAAGCAAAGCAAAAGCUUGAGGAAACCAAAAAGAAGCCGAACACCAAGAUGUACUCAUCAGAUCCCGUUACCUUCCUGACUGUUGGGGAGACAAUAGAAACUCACCUGCAAAGAGAAAGUCUGAAGUGUUCAAGCUUGAGUACUUGUCUCUCAGUUAAGAGUAAGACCAAACUGUUGCUGAUUGACAACCUGCCGGUUUACGAUGAUGUCUGCUACACAGAGGCCAACAUCGCCAGUUUGCUUAAACCGUUUGGAUUUCAGUACAACGACAGCAACAUCUACGUUAUUCCCAAGAUGCGAAUGGCCUUUGUCCUCAUGCCCGUUUUGAUGAUGAUACGAGACUCUAUUAAGAAUUCAUUGAGCAAUUUAACUUUAAAUACAUCGAAACUCAUCUUGGAGGUUGUUCACAACAAAAUCUCUAUGUCUCCGGUGUUCGUCGAGUUCAACAGUCCGUCGGACGCCGAUCGGCUCGGCAUUUGGUUCAGCCGCCUGAAAAUGGGCCUCAACCACAAAGUCUUCAGGAUGAAGAUUCCACGCUGCUCCACAUCAGCACCGCAGCCAAGACAGGAAGUCAGCACUUUGCAGGAAAUCAAUGACGUUGCUGCCAAGGUAACCACGUCAACAAAUGUUCACCGUGUUCCUAAAGGAGGCGUGCCACAAUUUUGGGUUACAAUGACAACCUUUCCCUACAUGUUCCCCACCGCUUCUCCUUGGUUCGUCAUUCCAGAUUUUCUGACAAUCAGAAAAGUGUCUGACAUUAAAAAAGUGACGCCUCCGGAGUCUGCGUUCAAGACGGUCAUGUUGACCGGUUUGCCAGGAGGACACUACAAACACGACGACAUUGCAAAGCUGGUGAAGUUUUACUUUCUUAAACCGAGUCAUCGGUGUCUGUACUUCAACGUGAACGUCCUGACGAUGCAGAGGAGGGCUUUUGUGCAUUUCAACAACUGGCACUCGUGUCAGAGUUUUAUUCGGGAUCACCUCUCUAAGCCAGUUUGUGUCAGGUACCGGCUUCAGGUCCACUUGGUCUUAGAGAACAUGCACCCUGGGUUCAGAGAGGAGGAUAUAUACAGCAAUCUGAUGAAGUGGAGCAAUGCUGAUUGUCCGGUUCUUGCGAGCUUGGAGCACCGGCUGCUGUGUGUGGAGAUCGAGGAGACGAGCGCAUCUCUGGUUAUGGUGGUCUUACAGGGGGUGGCCGCCAUCGCUCCGUUUGUCAACUACCUGGCUCUUGCCGACAGGAUUUACAUUGAGAUGACAAAUUCCAGCAGCGUUGCAAAGGUGGUGUGGAAUCUCGGGAAAGACCAUUGGUUUGAUUAUCCGUGGACUAAACUUCUACGUGUGGAGUCUUUGAGGGCUCGAAAAAAUCGUCUGCAUGACGAGCAUCAUUUAUCAUUGAGAUCUAUAGAGGAUGAAAUCCUGGAGUCAGGGCUGCCAACCAGAGGCUGCACAGCAGAACCGCCCAGUACAGAGCUCCGAACACGUCCAUCUGGUUCUGAACCAGUUACAGAACAAAGUUUGUCCGCCUCAAAAGAAGCACCAGAGACCAGGGACAGCAACAGAACUCCUCCUUCAUCAGCUCAGAGUCAGUUUCUUACUGUGGAAAAACUCAACGAAUCAGGUGUUGAGAGCCAUAAAACGGAUGAAGUAAAAAAACGUGUUACUGAAAACCAAACCGCACCAGGUAACCAUGAAGCCGAAGGUUCUAAACAGUCAACGACUGAAGGUCCAGGAGAUAAAACUCAAGCACUGGAUCAAAAUAACCAGAAACCAAGGAGCAGCGACAAACACAACCAAAAAUGUUCAAAUGAGCUGCAACAAAUCUGCAACCAUGAUCCGCCUCCAGAAACCAUCAGCUCCAAAGACAGCUCGACAAAGCCUCCUGAACAGGACAUCACAGAAAUGAUCAGUUCAACUGACAAUCAGACCGACGUUGAACCCACAACUCCAGAUGGACCGACCAGGAGCAGUCGCUCAAAGAGAAGGCUGUCUCUAAAGAAACAGGACGUGACGAUUAAAUACCAAACUCGAGCCAAGAACAGGAAACGAGUUGACGAGGAACGGAUCGAGGGUCCAGCAGAGACGGUCUUUAAGGUCGUGGAACCUGUUCAAGAAGAUCCUGAUAGACGGACAGCGGAGGAAAGCAAACCAACGACAAGAUCUUCCAAAGGAAGAAAAACAGAGGAUGAUGGAAACGUCCCAAGAAAAAAGCCAAGACUGACCAGGGAUUUACAGGAAAGCAACGGAGAGAAAACUCCAAAAACAGAAGCUCCAACAGAAAACACAAAGACAAAGGAGGCUGCGGUUACAGACACAAGAGAGGAGGAGGAGAUCUGUCAGUCGAAAACGCAAAGACCAAGGAGAGGAAGACCAAAGAAGACAACCAAACAGAAAGCAGCUUCAGAGAACAAAGACUCGUCCAGUAAAGUAGCUGAAGAAGUAAAGCUCCAGUACAGGAGCUCUGACGAUCAAAUCUACGAUUCUUUGAGUAUAAAUCAAGUUCAAGAAGAGAUGAAGGCCUCUGGACUCUGCAGAGUGGAGGAGAAAGAGACGAUGGAUGAAGCUUCUGUAGAGAUCCUAAAUGAAGCCGAAGAGGAAGAGAAAAUCCAAGGACCUGCUGAGCAUUCACACGACGACAAAACAGUUCCUGACGAACAGACGAAGCUUGUUGCACCAGACGUGAAGCGACCUCGGUCUCAGGAACCUUCUGAUCUCAAACCAGCACAGUUCAACCCAGAGGACUCGCUCGGGGAGUCAUUUGUGGAGCGAAAACUGGGCUUCUUCUGCUCGCUCUGCUCCGUCUUCUACCUGGAUGAGAACGGGGAGGAUCUUCACUGCUGCAGCCGGGAUCACUACGACAACCUGAAGAAACAUUACCAGACGCUUCGACAGAAACCUACCAGGACGUCCAAACGAAAUUUGUUCAGAAGAUGAAAGACUCACCGUCCAAACAUUUUUACACUUUAUCAAAGUUUACUGUUAUAUUUUUAUACUCUUUUAUAGAUUUGUUUUGGACUGAACAGUUGUUUGGGACAAUUUGUUUUUAAAAAGAAUGUAACUACAGUGAAGUACGGAAUUAAUCUUGUGUCAGCAGAGAUUGAAUUUGAAUUGCUCAGAUUGAAUCUGAAUGUGCACAAUUUGAAAUUGAACGAAUUGGUUUGAAAAUAAAUUUCA